AUGAUGAAUGAUAGCUACUUUGGUGGAUUUAUACUCCUUGGAUUCACAGGGCAGCCUCGACUGGAGAUGAUCAUCUCUGGGGUUGUCUUUUUCUUCUACACCAUUGCCUUAAUGGGAAAUACAGCCAUCAUCCUACUGUCUUUCCUAGAUGACCAUCUCCAAACUCCCAUGUACUUCUUCCUCAGAAAUUUGGCCAUCUUGGAUCUCUGUUACACCACAAAUAUAGUCCCACAGAUGUUGGUCAAUAUCUGGGGCAAAAACAAAAGAAUUACCUUUGGUGGCUGUGCCUUUCAACUUUUCACCGAUAUGGUACUGUGCUCAGUCGAAUGCAUCCUUCUGGCUGUGAUGUCUUGUGACCGAUUCAAUGCUAUCUGCAAGCCUCUGCACUAUAUGACCAUAAUGAACCCCCAACUUUGCCAGGGCCUUGUGGCCAUCACCUGGAUAGUUGGUAUUAUUAAUUGCAUGAUACUUUCCCCCUAUGCCGUGAGUCUUCCUCGAUGUGGAAAUCACCAACUGGAUCACUUUUUCUGUGAAAUAUCCGCAAUGGUCAAGAUUGCAUGUGUGGACACCACAGCCAUGGAGGUAACCACAUUUUCCAUGUGCCUCAUUAUAGUUCUUGUUCCUCUUCUUCUCAUUCUGGUUUCUUAUGGCUUCAUUGCUGUAGCUAUGCUCAAGAUCAAAUCUGCAAUGGGGAGACAAAAAGCAUUUGGGACCUGUUCCUCCCAUCUCAUUGUGGUAUCCAUCUUUUAUGGAACUGUUAUCUACAUGUACAUACAACCAGGAAACAGUCCUUCUCAGGAUGAGGGUAAACUUCUCAGUAUCUUUUAUUCCAUUGUUAUUCCCAGCUUGAACCCACUGAUCUACACGCUAAGGAAUAAGGAGUUCAAGGGGGCCAUGAAGAGGCUGAUUGGAAAAGAAAAAAGUUCCAUGGAACCAGUAGGACACUGA